GCCACCGAACGCCUCCACAGACCGACUUCAGUGACAGGGAGGUGAGCAUUGGAAAUCACUGUCUGUUCGUGAAAAAGAGGUUGAAGGUAUUAGAACUAUCCCUACAGGAAGGCAGUGCUGCUGCACCGAACCCUGAUCAGGCCUAUCCUUUGCUUGCUCCUAGUCCUACAAAGACAGUAUUACAUUGUACGGAUACGAAAGACAGCAGCACCGCGGGCCAGGCUCAUUAUUGCCGGUUUGGCUAUGACGGAGAGUUCAGCGGCUUCUCGACAGGUUUUUGUCAAGAAAACUCGCAAGACCAGCACCAAUGUAUUCAUUACGGCACUUGCAUCGUCGGACCUGAUAGCCUGCUUGUUACGACCGUUCUAUGUGGGGUUCAUUAUGGCACGUAACACCCCAGAAUCGCUUUGGAUUGAAUUCUUAUAUUCUCCCCUUAAUUUUGUCACAAUAUGCAACUCGACUCUGCUCACUGCAGCCAUUGCUUUUGACCGUUACGACGCAGUGUGUCGCCCGCACACCAGGUUGAUGUCAUACCGCGGCGCACAGCUUCUGGCCCUGUUCUGUUUCAUAGUAUCAUUGCCAAUGACAGCACCGAUUAUUCUUAUGUACUUCCAUCCUCCCGUGUCUGUCCGUCUAGCCAAGCACAUUGAGUGUCUUAGCAUGUAUGUCAUAUCUCUCAUCCUGGUUAUAGCGUUCUACGUCCAGGUUUAUAAAGCAGUCCUUUUCCGUACCAAAGUCCGCACCAAAUGGGGCGGCCGUUUCACUGGGAUAUCCACAGCCGCAGAAAGCUCUGUCUGUAUGACAGGUCAGACGGAAAUGUCAGCCAUGCCACCGUCCCGUGAGUUCACAAGACUUAAUUCUGUCGCAGAGACAAGGACACCACCAGCUGGGAAUCACGUUGAGGAGGGUGCAGAGCCAUCAGCACCUUGUCAGAUUCCUCCACCCCAGUGUUCACCUGCAACCAACCCAACGGCUGACUUGGAAAUUUCUUGCGUGAGCGAAGACAAGAGGUCCAUUGCUUACCAGAGUCUGAGCAACAGUGAAGCGCAGGCUGGGGAUUUUCUGGACUCAAGACUAACUCCCCCCUGCAGCUCAGUGGCGAACCCUACUUAUUCCCCCGCUUUUCAAAUGCCGAUAUCGAGCACGGCGGGUAGGAACCUAGCCGUUCCAAACUGCUCGCAGAUUCCAGCAAGCAGCAACUUCCCGGAGAGGACGGGAUCGACGGGAAGACACAGAAGGCCAAGUGGGCGAGGGAAGUCCUCAAAGACCGUUGCAGCAAGGAUGCAGCAUAAGACGACAAGAAUGCUUCUCCUGACUACCAUUGUGUUUUUUGUCACCUGGGUCCCAUAUAUGUGCGUGUCUUCAUUGAGCGUGCAUCAUAUUCUCACCCAUAUACAUGUACAUGUACCCAUAAAUGACACACUAUCAAACAACACACUAUCAAACAACAUACUGUCAAACAACACACUGUCAAACAACACACUGUCAAACAACACACUGUCAAACAAUACACUACCAAACGGUACUCAUCAAACAACACUUGAUACACUGUCACUAGUGUUCAAUACUGCAUCUCAUUUCUUAUUCAUCAAUAACGCGGUUAACCCUUUUAUCUAUGUACUAGCCAACCGGCAGUUCCGAAAUGACUGCAUACGAGAAGUUCGUAAGUUACUGCGACGCUAGGGUAAAUGUUGAUCCCAUUCCAUUGGUAAGUUAAAAUUCCACUGAGGCUAAAGCAUUUUAAAUAUUCAUGUAAUCCUUUUACCCUUUUCACAUGACCAUGUUGUCUGUUAAUUAAUUAACACUUGGCAUCUCCUUCUAUGUCUUGUAAGUAACACCUAAUUUUGUAUACUUGUUAGAUAUAGAAAAGAGCCAAACAAACUAAAGGGGGUAAUCGAUUCUGUAUGUGCCACAAUAAGAUUGACGACUGUUACAAAUUUUAGUACGUGUAUUCAUUUUGAGAGAAAACAACAUAUGGUUAUUUCUUUGUUUCAUGAGGCCAGACUGUCGCUCUUCACCUAAUAAGAUGAAGGGCAAAGCUUUUUUGGGAAAAGGUGCCAUACUCAUGUUACUCCUAUAGAAACUAUUACAAACUAAAACUAUAGAAAUAUUACCCAUGGUCCCAGCGCCCUGCUUAGUGCAGGAAAUGCUUUACAUUUUUAAAUAGGUUUUAAAAAUUAGCACUGACUGUAUGGUUCAUAAUGAAAACAAAAACAUGGCGCUGAACUUUUAUCUGUUGGCCGAAGCAGCGUGAAAUGGUCUGUGUCCGUAAAAGUUUUUGCUGUCUUUUACACAGCACAAGUGCUUUAACUGAGGCGCGUGAUGACCGUUGUAUAUUAAUUUGACUUUGAAAAAGAAGGAUAACACUAUCUACAUCAUACACUAUAUUAUACACUGGGUCUAUAUUAUCUGUUUCGGCAUGAUCUAUGCUGUGCGCAAAUAGCUAACCACAUAACGAAUUUGUCUGAACACUCAAAAUCUGCGGAGCCUACACAUCCUGUGCUGCAUUCAGACAUUUCCCCUGUCCAGUCAAAUUGUACCGGACUGUUCUUGCUUUGCUUUAUAGAAACAUCAGCGCAAUGUUAAAAGACCAAUGAUUGGAAAUCAGUUAAGACUAAAUACUCUGUGCUGUGUAACAUUCAAAGGUACAUUUCAUUUCACAGAGGUGAAAGCUCGGUAUUUUUAUGAUUUACACGUUGGACCCUUGUCAUGUUAGCCUGUGCAAUGAAAAUUGAGGAUAAGCUAGCAAUUUUAUGUCCCCCGGUAUUCCCUCAUUAAAGAAAAUAUCAAGUGGUAUUGGUGAGUCGGAGAGAAUUCCGCUCUUUUACGACACAAUAUACCUUGAAUGAUUGAAUAAAAAAUAGGUGUAAAAGCAUUUCUGUAAUUAUGUAUACAUGUAUAGCAUAAACUGUCAUGAUGCUGUUGUCUAGUAGACUACUUUUUCGUCAGGUAGAAUACAUGUAGAUUUAUAUGUGAAAAUGGAUGAGAUAAGGGACCAGAGGCUUGCAUUAGGGCUUCAAAAUCAAACAUUCAUGGACUCACACAGUUUACAUCUCCAUGGAUGAGCUAUAUGCCCCAGAAUAAACAUUGUAGGAUGCUGUGUAGGGCAAGAAAUCGGGAAGAACAUCACUAAUCAUUGAAUCAAGGUAGUCUAAGCCGAUAAAUAUCUGGGGAUUAGACUCCCCUCGACUGAGCCAUAAAGCUUCUUACAGACUGAUCAGUCACAUCAGACUCUCUACAGCAUUUGAAAAAUCAUUGCUCUGUAAAACCCUGCUGGUUCCCAUGACCUCACCUCUGUGAAUUAAAACUCAAAACUCAAAAGCAUUGGUAUGGAAUUUGUAGAAAAUACGCACCGUUCAACGCUUCUUGAAGUUCAUGAAACAAGUAAUGCAUGUACUGUUAUUUUGGUACCGUAAUCGAACAUUACAGAAAAGGAAAGAACGAGUGAGACUCGCGCAUGAAGUGGUGACCAUUUAUUUGACUUUUCUGUGGGCUUUUAAGAAUAAUGUCAACUAUGUGCCGUUACCACGGCGUAUGUCUAGCCAUAAUUCAUCCUGUCUAGGAAAGUAGAGGUUUCUCGCAGUCUUUCCUUCUGACAAAAAUUUGAAGUUUGUAGACACAAAAAACCUGAGCCUAUCAAUCGUUUCCUAUUUAUUUCAAGUAAAUAAGGUAGGAGCCAAGGCUGCAUAAGGCUGCGACCCUCAACAUGCAACAAUUUAUUCAUACUCCAGCCAACACAUACCUUUCCACGUGGUGGUUUGUCCUAAUGCGCUUAAAAUUGAAGCGGAGCAGGGAAUUCUAAACAAACAGUCACAAAUGGAUACUGCAUGUGGGAGACACUCUCAGAACAAACUCUGUUUUGUUGACAUUCUCUUGAAUCCAACCCUAAAUUGAAUUUGGAAUUUUACAUCCACACACAAAAGAGGGGACCAUGGGAUUAUUUCAUUACGAGAUCCUUCGGCAAAGGCCAGGUCACGAAAAGGCCGAGAGAGCAAAACGAAAUGCCAAGGAUGGAUUCACAAUCGUCUCAGUAAUACUCUUAAACAAGGCCGUGUGCUGCAUUGUGGUCCGCUCACAAGCCCUGACAAAAUAGGCCUAUAGGUCCAGAGGAGGGAGACAGCCAAGAACACAUAAGAUUGGAAGGGCGACUACAAUGCUUGCUUGUAUGAGCGGUAUCAUUAAGGAGGGAUUUCAGACGAUGUCAUGACAAGGGCAACAAUGUAACAGUAUCAACUGCCCAUUUUGAUUUUUCUUGUUAAUUGAGACGUAAACCUCAUGCACGACACAUCAUCAUCUCGGGUGUUACUUAGCGCAUCAAGAAACCUUUAUGUAAAUGUUUAAAGGAAUGUACAAGAUAUGAUGUAGGAUAACUACUACUGUGUAAAAAAUAUGUCAUAAAGCAGCUCCCUAGCACGUAAUAUUUCAAACUGUUGCAAUGUACAUUCGUAUGCCAUGUGUCUUAAAGGUAGUGACUAAACAUGCAAAAUGCGAAAAGAAAUCGCGAACUGACUAACUAAAAUACUUGUAAAAUUACUUGCAAAAGCUAUUACUUGAUACUAACAUUGCAUUUUGUAACACAUUAUUUCACUUAGCGUGAUACAAUUUUCCCAAACGAUUGAGCCAUCAAAUUGACCCUUGUAACUUUAACAAUCCAAAAUUGCUGAGUGCCUUGCAGUGCUCGGAUAUGCUAACUAUAAUGAAUGAAGGAAGCUUACACACCAUUGGGGAAACGUGUAUAAUUUGGCAACUUGUGGGUGAAUCACUUCAAUCGGACGACAGACAUGACAACAAAAGCUGACACUUGAAAACUCUUAAACAGACGGAACGUACGCAUUUUACUGAUGCAACCUGACUGACUUUGACGUAGACAUUAAUAAGAGAGACAAACAGUGCUAGCGACGAUAAAUUUCAUCUAUUUUGGGGAAUACAAGCUAAAGAGUGAAAUGACUGUGUCCAAAGACUAGUUUGACAGGGUUCGGUUGACAACAGCAGCCUCACUGACAUUCGACGAAAUACGACUUGUGACUGACCUGACCAUCAACGUAUCACCGAGCCCAUUUACCUUGAUGACGAGGAAUUAUAGGAAUGACAAACUGGUACGGGCAAAAGUGACUGAAAGUUGAUCUCUAAUGGCACGCUUCUGGAACUCUUAGAUCGGAAAAAUUACUUGUACAAAUUUGAAAACCAAGCCAUCAUUUUUGUUCAGUUACUUCUUAAUAUGUAGCUCACAAAAGGGCCUCUGUCAAAUAUUUGCUUGUAUGGCAAUUUACAGAAACUGAAAUAUUACCUGAGCUACAAGAGAUAUACCCUGCCAAAAAUUGGCCUAGCACUUCCAAAAAUCUAAUAUACGUAAAGAGCAUUGCAAUUCGAGCUUCUCGCAGGCUGAUGAACAGUUACAAAACGAUAUUGUAUGGUAAUCUUUCGGUAAAAGCCAAAACAAAAACAGAUCAAGAUAUUUAAUUUAAGCAUUCUAUGAUUUAUAAGGCCAUAAACUUAAAGGAAUAAUCUGUGUUUACAAAAGAGUCUAAAGUUUAAUUUAGCCUUUGAUGACAAGAACUGCGUCCGGUCAACUUGACUGAAUCUAUAAAUAACUCAUUGACCGCAGGUGGAUAAAUUUUUGCAACGUAUAAUUUCGUUUUCACGUAAGCAUGGAAAAUGUAAACAAACGUCCAUGAAUAAGGAAGCCUAGGAAUAAUUACUGGAAGUGAAAGGUCGUUAACGGAAUUCGUUUUUUACCCAUCUCCAGGUGACUUCUUUAAAUAUUACUUGAGGAACGCAAAAGGUAAAAUUCCAGCAUGAGUCUUACUUGGGUGGUUUCAGUUGAGAAUCAUUCUUCCAAAAAUUAUCGAACGUGAUAGGACGGCCCCAUGUAAAAUCCCUUUGGCGAACCGCGCGAGGGCUCUGGAAGCUCGCUGUGGAUGCGCGACAUUUCAGUUUUAAGCUCUGAUGUACGAGCCUUUGGAUUUGACAAGUAGACAGACUCAGCGGGAAACAGCCGUUAAAUAAAUGCACAGCUGCUGUAAUAUACAAGUGAACUUUUUGCUUUAUCAUGCCAACCUUGGACUUUUAAUUAAUGCGACCGUGAAACUGUUGCAUGUUUACUGUAAUAUUACCUUCAAGUUUAUUACAUGUCAUAUUAAUUACAGGUAUAACGAAGAAGCUUGUAAAAUGUAUCGGUGACUCGUGUCUGAGUAAAAUGCUAUUACCAUCGUGAAAUUGGAAAAUAACGUUUUUAAUCGUUGAAAGACAACGCAUUGAAAUCAUGUAACGCAGCUAGGAAGCCAAAAAUCCUUACGAUAGCUGAAUAUGCACUACGAAUAAAAGGUGGUAAAUCGUGAAAAGAAGAUUUUUUGUAAUAAAGACAAAGAUCCGUGCUGCUCAUA